AUGAAAUCUGUAUUUUGGAACCAUUACUGCAUUGGGAGAUAUUGCUGGGAUUCCCUUUUUCUGUUAAUUCCCAAAGGCUUAUUUUGUGCAGUACACGGUGUAGCGGAAAAGGCACGGUUCUGGACUUACCUAGAUCUUGAGCCAAGCAGCGUCACACGUAGUUUUGUAAAAUUGGGCAAGUGAUUAAAUCCAUUUCAUCCUAAGUUUUCUCCUCUUUAAGUUAGAAUUCCUGCCCGUGAGUGGCUGUGAGGUAUAAAGGAGAUAACAUACGCUUCACGAUCUAAGCAAGUGCCUUGAUAUCUAAGCAAGUGCUUCACAAAUGUUGUUUUUCACUUCUGCUUAUCUCUGGCUCAUAUUCUCCUUUAUAAUUCAUGUGCUAUAUGCUUUGCCAGAUGACCCACAUAUUAGUCAACACUCCCAAAUCAUCUACCGUAUGUUCAGAACUGUAUGAUGUGUAUUGUCCACCACCAUCACCACGACCGUCACCACCAUCACCACCAACAUCACCACCAACAUCACCACCAUCACUGCCACCACCACCGCCACCACCAUCACCACCACCGCCACCACCACCACCAUCACCGCCACCACCACCAUCACCACCACCAACAUCACCAACAUCACCACCACCAUCACUGCCACCACCACCAUCACCAUCACCACCACCACCAUCACCACCACCGCCACCAUCACCACCACCGCCACCAUCACCACCACCGCCACCAUCACCGACACCACCACCAUCACCAACACCACCACCAUCACCACCAUCACCACCGCCAUCACCGCCAGCACCACCAUCACCACCACCACCACCACCAUCACCACCACCAUCACCGCCACCACCACCAUCACCACCACCAUCACCACCACCAUCACCGCCACCACCACCAUCACCACCACCACCACCACCAUCACCACCACCACCACCGCCACCACCACCAUCACCACCACCAUCACCGCCACCACCACCAUCACCACCACCACCACCACCAUCACCACCACCACCACCACCACCAUCACCGCCACCAUCACCAUCACUGCCACCAUCACCAUCACCACCAUCACCGCCACCAUCACCACCAACAUCACCACCACCAUCACCACCAACAUCACCACCACCACCAUCACUGCCACCACCACCAUCACCAUCACCACCACCACCAUCACCACCACCGCCACCAUCACCACCACCGCCACCAUCACCACCACCGCCACCAUCACCGACACCACCACCACCACCAACACCACCACCAUCACCACCAUCACCACCGCCAUCACCGCCAGCACCACCAUCACCACCGCCACCACCACCAUCACCACCACCAUCACCGCCACCACCACCAUCACCACCACCAUCACCACCACCAUCACCGCCACCACCACCAUCACCACCACCACCACCACCAUCACCACCACCACCACCGCCACCACCACCAUCACCACCACCAUCACCGCCACCACCACCAUCACCACCACCACCACCACCAUCACCACCACCACCACCACCACCAUCACCGCCACCAUCACCAUCACUGCCACCAUCACCAUCACCACCAUCACCGCCACCAUCACCACCAACAUCACCACCACCAUCACCACCAACAUCACCACCACCACCAUCACCACCAUCACCGCCACCAUCACCACCAACAUCACCACCACCGCCACCACCACCACCAUCACCACCACCGCCACCACCACCACCAUCACCGCCACCACCACCACCACCACCACCAUCACCGCCACCAUCACCAUCACCACCAUCACUGCCACCAUCACCGCCACCACCAUCACCGCCACCACCAACAUCACCACCACCAUCACCGCCACCAUCACCAUCACCACCACCAUCACCACCACCACCACCAUCACCGCCACCACCACCAUCACCACCACCGCCACCACCACCACCAUCACCGCCACCACCACCAUCACCACCAUCACCACCACCAUCACCACCACCACCAUCACCGCCACCACCACCAACAUCACCACCACCACCACCAUCACCACCAUCACCGCCACCAUCACCGCCACCGCCACCACCACCAUCACCUCCACCAUCACCAUCACCAUCAACAUCACCAUGACCACCACCACCACCAUCACUGUCACUACUACCACUGCCACCACCACCACCACCACCACCACCACCAUCACCACCACCGCCACCAGCACCACCAACAUCACCAUCACCAUCACCAUCAACAUCACCACCAUCACCACCACCACCACCAUCACCACCACCACCACCAUCACCGCCACCAUCACCGCCACCGCCACCACCACCAUCACCUCCACCAUCACCAUCAACAUCACCAUCACCAUCACCACCACCACCACCACCACCACCAUCACCACCACCACCACCACCAACAUCACCACCAACAUCACCACCAACAUCACCACCACCACCACCAUCACCACCACCACCACCAUCACCACCACUGCCACCACCAACAUCACCACGAACAUCACUACCAUCACCACCAUCAACAUCACCACCAACAUCACCACCAACAUCACCAUCAACAUCACCACCACCACCAAUACCACCACCACCAACAUCACCACCAUCACCACCAUCACCA